AUGGUAAAGGUUUAUCGAAGCAGCUCAAUGGAGUGGAAUCCAUCCCCCGUUGUGGCCUUAGCCACCAGCGCGGACGGCUCUCAGGUCGCCGCCGCUCGCGGAGAUGGUUCACUCGAGAUUUGGCUCGUCUCCCCGGGCUCCGUAGGAUGGAACUGUCAGCUCACAAUACAUGGGGACCCUAAUUCAAGGAUGUCGUCGCUGGUGUGGUGUCCAUCGAGGCCGAGAGGCUCGUCAUUGGGCCGGUUGAUAUCUUCCAGCAUUGAUGGAUCGGUUUCUGAGUGGGACCUAUACGAUUUGAAACAAAAGACAGUACUAGAUUCUAUUGGUGUCUCGAUAUGGCAGAUGGCUGCAGAACCAUGUAAUAAUUCACAGUUCAGUGUAAAGAAGGAAAUGAGGGUUUAUGAAAAUGGGCAUGCUAGUCCUAGACUUAAUGGUGGCGGGGGCGAUGAGAAUAGUGAUAGUGAGUAUGACAGUUACGAUAAUGAUCAGGUUGAGAUUCAUGAAGGCCAUGGCACUGAAUAUACACGACUAGCAAUUGCUUGUGAUGAUGGCUGUGUACGAAUAUACAACAUAACGGACUUGGAAGAACUUACUUAUAAUAUAACGUUGCCAAGGGUUAGUGGACGAGCAUUAAGCGUAACCUGGAGUCCUGACACACGUAGGAUAUAUUCUGGGAGCAGUGACGGGUUCAUAAGAUGCUGGGAUGCUAAACUGGCUCAUGAGAUUUAUAGAAUAACUGUUGGGCUUGGAGGUCUGGGGAGUGGAGCUGAGCUCUGCGUAUUGUCAUUACUUGCACUUAGAUGUGGCACCAUUGUCAGCGCCGAUAGUUCUGGCAGUGUGCUGUUUUGGGAUAGUCAGUUUGGAACUCUGUUGCAGGCACAUUCUUGUCACAAGGGUGAUGUGAAUGCCCUUGCAGCAUCUCCUAGCCAUAAUAGAGUGUUCUCUGCUGGUUCAGACGGUCAGGUAAUACUCUAUAAGAUUUCUGGCGAUGCUGUUAGCUCUAGUGAUGGCAAGUUGGUUUCUGAUCCAAUUAAGAAAUGGAUCUAUGUUGGCUAUGUGAGAGCUCAUACACACGAUGUGAGGGCCUUGACUGUAGCGGUACCUAUCAGUCAUGAAGAUGUCUUGCCUGAUGAAAAGGUGAAAAGGACCCGUGGCAGGAAGAAGCCCCUUGACUUUAGUUACCAUAAGUGGGCCCAUUUAGGUGUACCCAUGCUCAUUUCUGCUGAGAAUGCCCAUGCAACUCACGCUGAAAACAUUUUUCAAUCAGACUCCAUUGCUUCUUAUCCAGGCUUCUUACUGAUUUGGUGGCAAGGAUUAAAUGCAAGGCUUCUCGGAAGAUAG